GCUAGGAUAUUUCCCGCUCAUAUCUCUUGUCACUAAUCUUAACCCUUGUUUCUAGCCUGUACCUUCUCCCCAUACUUGUAGCCACCAUUCCUUUUGCAUCUAUUUUCUAGUCACAACUGUCAAUCAAGAUGAAGGGCUUAAUCGUUACUAUCAGUGUAGCUCUGCUCAUAAGUAGAUCCCCCUGUGAGGCGUCUCCUAAUCUUUCGCCCACUGGUCAGCAGUCCACAAAUGAUGCUAUUAUGAACGGGGCACCUACACCAGUUGCCACCAACACUACCAGAGCAACCAACUCUACGUAUGGCAAUCAAGUGGCCGGCGUGAAUAGUACCUCAGCUUUGAACCCCACCGCCGCUCCCGUGAACGCCACAGCUGUUACAGGAAGCACCAAUGGCACCACGGUAAUGGGAAAUAGCUAUUCGCUCAACUCAACAGCAUCCUCGAUCUACGUCAUGGAACGAGAUAUCAACUGGACCGACUCUAACUUCAGCGUCUACAACCAAAAUGGAACUGUCUCAUACCAUAUCACAAACCGAUACGCUGGUGCUAACCUGACCGCGAAAGAGUUCAUUGUUCAAGACGCCAUCACUGGUCAGAAAAAAUUGAAAAUUGAUUCUCGUGUCAAAGCUUGCGGGUUUGGACAGACUUACGAAGCUGAUGAUGGCACCACUUUCAGAUUGGACCCUCGAGCAUUCCUCUCCGAUAGAUGGUAUAUCAAGAAUGAAAGCUCAGAUUACACCUACAAACGAUCUGCCUUGAGUAUGGAUGGUAAGAUCCUAGAAAAUGAGAGGAUUGUUGCACAGGUUACAACCCGUACCAAUACGACAGCGACAUCAGGCUCAACGAAGCAGUUGACUGUGACCUCGGAUGGAAGUAUUCGCCCAUGGGACUUGAUUGCUUUGAUGGCAAUCGCUAAGACCCGAAUUGCCACCUGUGGCUAUUAGGCUCACCUUCUCAAAGUAGCCUGUAUACAGAUUCAACAUAGAGAUCUUCUCAUUCAUUUUUCUACCUUUAUACCCCUAUCUUUACUUGUCUACCUCUACUAUAUUUAUCAUUUUUUAUCUUGAUUGUUAACGCCUUAUGGCCAGUUUUGGGUUUUAUGCUGUGGCGAUUUAGUAGUUUGUAUACUUUCCUUGCUCUCAAUAUUUGAUUAUUUGAUUCUGAUUUCUCUCUCUCUUCCCGAAAUAAAAUCUAGAACUAUCAGCUUCUCUGGCUGCCAUAAAACUGGGACCCAUUAACUAUUAUCUGAUUAAAUUAUGUCAGAGCAAAAAAAAGUUUGAAUUAUUAUUCCUGGUAAUUCAUUUCUAUUAAAGAAGAGUGUUAAUAUUGCUCAAUCUAGUUAACAAAUGUGCCUUUCUUAUGUGCUACCUGUGGGGUAGUCCCAUCAACAAAAUCAACAAAUCCAAUAUUUUGCACAAGGAGAACCUUAUUCAAUAGUUAUACAUCAAUAGUUUGGAUUUCUUUUGAUUGGUAGUUUGGAAUUGUAAAUUGAUUCUUAUACCCAUCAGGAUUUAAAUAUUUAUUAAA